AUGCUUGAGGUACUAUCACUGCUAUUGGCUGAUGACCUGAAGCUGUGGAACAUCGUCGAUGUUUCUGGGGGUUCCGAAACUAAUCAGCGAGCCUUGGAUGAGCUGUGGAACUGGUCUACUUUAUGGUUACUGUCCAUAAAUCAGGCAAAGUGCUCCGUUCUUCGAAUUGGAUCUAAGCUUUUUACACCCACUUUACACUCCAGCAACAACUGGAAGAAGGCCGCAAGCAGAGGUUUCCGCAUGUUAUGGUUAAUACGUCGUUCUUUCGGUAUGAAAAUGAAACAGAUCGCUCGUCUAGGAAAGAGAACCGAGGGCAGAAGUCGACGUAUGAGGGUGACUUUUGUCGAAGAGACAAGUCCUAAGUUAAUAGUGUCCCGCCUUAUUAGGCUGAAAGGUCUAAAGAUCCACGUGCGUGCUGACUUAGACCCAGCAGAUAGAGAGAAACUCAAGUCUGCGAUGCUUGGAUUAAAGCGACGCACGGACGAUGCAGAAACAAAUCACCGUAUUGUAAAUUUUCGAGUAGGUACCCGGAUUCCUCCGCGAAUCCAAAUCAGCAGGUUUCUGAUGCUUCAUGCGUGCCCAGCGGUUCCUACCGCGGCCUGC